AUAAUAUUCGUUUAAGAUUUUAAACGAAUAAAAAUAAUUUUUAAUGGCAUUUGGAGGAUCAACAUUAGAUAAAGCUUCAGAAAAUGAGAUUGAUGAAGGGAAUAUCCCUAUAAUAAAUAAACUUACAUCUUUAUCAAUUAAACGACAACGUGAACUUCUUCCUAUAUAUCAACAUAAAAAUGCAUUACUUUAUUUAAUUGAAAAAACUCCAGUUACAAUAAUUGUUGGGGAAACAGGAUCAGGGAAAACUACACAGCUUCCCCAAUAUUUAAAAGAAGCAGGAUGGGGUGAUAAUGGAAACAUAAUUGCAUGUACUCAGCCUAGAAGGAUUUCAGCAGCAACUGUUGCAAUAAGAGUUGCAGAAGAAGUUGGAUGUCCAUUAGGAGAUGAAGUUGGAUAUUCAAUUCGCUUUGAAGAUGUUACUUCAGAAAAAACAAAAAUUAAAUACAUGACCGAUGGCAUGCUUGUUAGAGAAACAUUAAUUGAUCCACUACUUUCUCAUUACAGUGUAAUAAUGUUAGACGAAGUUCAUGAAAGAUCCCUUUAUACCGAUAUUUUAUUAGGCAUAUUAAAAAAAAUUCAAAAAAAGAGAAAUACAUUGAAAAUAAUUAUAUCAAGCGCUACAUUAAAUGCAGAUGAACUGCUGUCUUAUUUUAAUAAAGAAAAUGAUGACACAGCUAAAAUUAUUUCUAUAGAAGGAAGAAUGUAUCCUGUGGAUAUUUUAUAUUUAUCAGAACCUACUUCUAAUUACAUUGAAAAAUCUGUAGAGACAAUUUUUGAAAUUAAUUCAAAGGAAAAAGAAGGAGAUAUUCUUGUUUUUCUUACAGGAAAAGAAGAAAUUGAUAUUUGUAUUUCUAAAAUAAUUGAACAAUCUAAUCAUUUACUUUCGAAUAAUGACCCAAGAAUAUUAGCACUUCCUUUAUAUUCUGGCUUAUCAAAUGAGAGACAAAUAGAAAUAUUUGCCUCUGCUCCUCAAGGUACACGAAAAGUAAUUGUUAGUACCAAUAUUUCGGAAACAGGUGUUACCAUAGAUGGAAUUGUUUAUGUUAUAGAUUCAGGAUUUGUUAAAUUACGAGUAUUUAACACACAUACAAAUUUUGAAUCCCUUAUAAUUACACCUAUUAGCAAAACAUCUGCAUUGCAGCGUGCUGGACGUGCUGGAAGAACACGACCGGGGAAAUGUUUUAGAUUAUAUGAUAAUUCAAGUUUUCAUGCUUUGAAAGAAACAAAUAUUCCUGAAAUUCAAAGAAGUGAUUUAACAGGAUUAAUUUUGCAAUUGAAAGCUCUUGGAAUUGAUAAUAUUGCAAGAUUUGAGUAUAUAACUAAUCCUCCUUCAGAAAUGGUGAUCCAAUCGUUGGAGCUUUUAUUUGCUCUAGAUUCAUUAGAUGAAUACGGAAAAUUGACUAAUCCUUUAGGGAUGAGAAUGGCAGAAUUUCCUAUUAAUCCAAAAAUGGCUAAAAUGCUAUUAAUGUCAAACAAAUUUUCAUGUGGAGAACAAAUUCUUACAAUUGCUGCUAUGAUAUCUGUUCAGAAUGUUUUUUUGCCUCAAGAAAAUAAAAAAUCUUUUGAAGCAGCUAGAAAAAAGUUUUCAGUAGAGGAAGGAGAUCAUAUCACUUUAAUGAACAUAUUUCAGGCAUUUACUACGAAAGGAGAAAAAUCUUCUAAAUGGUGUUAUGAACAUUUUCUCAAUUUUAAAGCUUUAUCAAGGGCAGUAAGCAUAAGAGCUCAACUUCGCAGAUAUUUAGAACGAUUUAAAAUUCCAAUUGAGUCCGCUGAUCCUAAAAAUGGCACCGACAAUAUUCGGAAAUGCUUAGUUAGUGGUUAUUUUUCUCAUGCAGCUAAAAUGCAGGCAGAUGGAUCAUUUCGUCUUGUAAAGGGGAAUUCGAUCCUUUAUGUUCAUCCUAGUUCAAUAAUGUUUAAUCGUAAAACUGAUUGGGUUAUAUUCAAUGAAGUUUUAGAAACGAAAAAAAAAAUAUUUAUGCGUGACAUUACUACUAUUAAAAGAGAAUGGUUACUUGAAUUAGCUCCUCAUUAUUAUACAUUAGAGCAUCAAAACUAAAAAAUAAUUUAAAAGAAUUUUUUUGAUUUAUUAAUUAUAUGUCUUA